GCGUGUCCCUUUGGCGGCGAGGGAAAGGGAGUCCGCCAUUUUCUUCCCUCGAAGGACCAUGGGGCCGCCCUUUCUCCCCACCGCUGUUUUCUCCUUAGCGCUGUUUGUGCCCCUGAAUGAAGCCCAGCCGAUUCCUACUGACGGUGAGCCCGGCUCCCCCAGUGUGCAGAAAGUGUCAGAGGGCAGAGCGCUUCGCACGUUAAGCGGCAUCAUCGGGCCAAAAUGUGGAAUAAGGCCUCUUGUGGAUGAGAUAAAAGGGAGUCGAAUUGUAGGUGGACAUGAUGCUCAGGUUGGGGCAUGGCCGUGGCAAGUUAGUCUUCAGAUUUUCCACUUUGGUGAAGGUUUUAAACAUGCAUGUGGUGGAUGUUUAAUUAAUCACAACUCGGUGCUAACAGCAGCACACUGCAUUAGAAACUGGAUGGACCCAGGGUUUUGGAAGGCUGUGAUUGGACUGCAUCAUACUAGUAGAUACCUCCCUCAGACUGUAACAUGCCGGGUCAGGGCUAUCAUGGCCCAUUCUGAUUUCAACAAGGACACCUUUGAAAAUGAUCUUGCCUUGGUUAAACUAAUAGACACUGUCGAAUUCAAUGACUAUAUUCAGCCAAUCUGCUUACCUAAUAAUCCUCUUGUUGUGACGGAUGAGACACCAUGUUACAUAAGUGGAUGGGGGGAUACAAAAGAAAAAAUUAGAAACAGAGAUGUAUUACAAGAAGCUCAAGUAGAUAUUAUUCCAGAACAGGUCUGCAAUAGAGACAACUGGUAUGGAGGAGCAAUAAAAAAGAAUAUGCUUUGUGCUGGAGCUGAAAGUGGAGGUAUUGAUAGCUGCCAGGGAGAUAGUGGUGGACCUUUGAUGUGUUAUUUCCCAGAUGCCACCAAGUACUAUUUGAUAGGAAUCACCACCACUGGCGCUGGCUGUGGACGACCAAAACUUCCAGGAAUUUAUACAUCUACAGCUAAUUACAGAAGUUGGAUACAGUCACACAUUAUUUUAUUUGACAAAACUAGCACUGUGAGGAUUCCAUAUGUCCUGAUCUUUUUGACUGUGGAAUGGGUUACUUUGCAUAUUGUUCUAUAAAAAAGCAAAGUCUCUUUCCACUGUGUAGAAUUAUCAGAUUGUUUUAAGAACUUAAGUCACUCAUAUACUACAUAAUGCAGUGUGGGCGGUCUGGGACCCAUCUGCGCUGUUGCGUUGGUGCAGACACCUUGGAGUAGCACACCAAGGCAACUCCACUCUGACAGUGUUGUGCAAAGGGAACCCAUUAUUUUCAAGGGUUGUCCCAUUGUGCAACUUUGUGCAACAUUACACUGGAGUGGAGCUGCCCUGGUGUGGAGCUUUGUCUAUUGUAUUUACAUUGACACAACAGUGGGGGUGUGCAAGCUGGCUCAGCUCGAGCUGGGUUCGAUGUCAAACCAGUUCGGCUUGCCAGGUUCUGGGUCGAACUGGACCGGGUCUGAGUUUGAACCAAACCAAGCUGGUUCAGAUCUCUACUGGUAAAGGGGAAUCUGGUGAGGAUUCUCCUUUACCAGUGAAGGGGCGGGGGGGGGGCUUCCCUAAAGGUAGAGAGGGCUGGGGUCAGUUACUACUUAAAAGCGCCACGGGGGUGGGGGGCGAUGUUGGCUCACCCUCACCGGCAUCCCUCAGAGGGCUGGCAGCAACCCGGUUUGGGCCAUCUUCACCUCAAUUUGGUCCUCUGCACACACACAGGGACCAUUUUAGUUAUCUCCACACAUGCGCAGAGGUCAAAUUGUGUGGUCACGCAAAUGGCCUCUGUGCAUGUAUGAAAGUCACUAAAGUUAGCCCCUGCAUGUGUACAGAGACCCAACUGGGACACUGCUGGUUGGGCUAUUCUGGGGGAGGCUGGUGGGGGUUGCAGCAAGUCGCUGCUGCAACAAAUAGUGCUUGUAAGUAGUCACUGACUCCCCUCCCACCCGCUCUACCUUUAGGGAAACCUUCCUGCCCCUUUACCAGAAGACCUCCCAACUCAGUUCAGCUCCUAUUACCUGCAUUGCAUUGCACAGUAUGUGAGUGACAGUUUCCUUUUGCAAACAAUAUUUUUAACAAAAUUUGAUGGCUGACCUCUAUGUUACAGUGGAAAUAUGUCCCUGACCUUCAGGGGUGUAUUUCCAAGGUAACAGGAUACUUACAGUGUGCAGGGAGAGCUCUAAAAGUAGUUGCACUCUUACGCAAGAGCACUCAUGCUUCUGAAGCACGAGGACUAGCUCAGGGGCUAGUACUGCAUGCAUGCGGAUGUUAAAAGCAUACAUGCAUCGUUAAUCAGGAUAUUAGCCAUUAUUUUUAACAAUAUAUAUGUUUUAUAAUCUAUUUACCCCUCUCUAGCAGAUGCAAAAAUACAGUUAAUCUGUAUUUUAAGAAUGUAAACCUAAGAGGCACUGUUCAGUUACAUGUGCAUGUUUUGUGGGCUGUUAACUAAUACCAAUCAUACUUGGUACCAAUUAUACCCUCUUAAAAGUAGGUUAAAAUGAGGGAUAGAGCAUGCACUGAAAACAGUCAUUUAACAUAAGGAUGAAGACUGAUAGUUCAUGAAACGAUCUCAAAUAUAUAGAGAUAUUAUGGGAUACAGAGAAGGCAUGCUAUGACAAAUGUUGCCAUAUUAUCAGUUUUAUUUUAAUAGUGAAACAUUUCUGCUUAAUAUGUAUAUCAUAUUGUAAAAAUCCCAGCAUAAUUUUUCUUCAGUCUGAUCUGAUCAUCCUUGAGAUGCAGGGGUGGGGGUGGGGGAGCAGAGGAGAAAGAGAAAAAAGAAAGAUCUAUUUAGAGUAAAUUUUUUAGGCAUCAGUCCCAAGUUCUACAACGUUCAGGGCUCUAAGUAUUAGAAAAGUUUAUCUUAAUUGCUUUUUCAGUUCUUCAAACAGUGAAGAAACACAGAUUAUUUUCUUCAACUUAAGUAGCAGUCAUAAGUACAUUUUUUAAAAAACUGAGAAAAGCUAAAAUACAAAGUAAGUGGUCCUCCAGUAUUUUCAAGGCAGAACAAAUUCUAUAUCCCUUUAAUAAGAAACAAUACCAAUUAUAUUUUGGGUUAUUUAUUACUGAGAUCAAGUGGUGCGACUACCUAUUCAUUUUUUUAAAGUACAAAUCCUUAAGCUAAGUUUUAAGAUAGUUAGAUUAAUGGUGACGCAUGUUACUUUGCCCUUGUUCAGGACAAUCCUAUUACUGCAUGGAUAAUUGGUAAAUUGCAUGAAUGUUCCUCUUGUUAAAUAAUUACUGAAAAUUAAAUAAACUGAACAAUACUUCAGUGAUGAUA